GCGCUCAGGAGAAGUUCGGGUUAAUUUAACAGUCUAAAUUCCCGGCCAGGAACAAUGACUUACACCCCAGUUGAUCGUCAUUUGCUCAGCUUCUCACUGUUCUCACAGUGACGUUUGUAAUUUCGGAAAAUCUACAUCUCUGGGGAUCUGGAUCGCUGCAUCAUGAUCCGUCCCUGCGCUCCUUCGAGCUUUUGGUUCCCUACACCUCGCGAUAUGCCGCCGUACCGACCAUGGAUGUGGACGUAUGGAGAAAACGCGCAAUUGUUGCGGACGCCCUAGGCAAUAAAAUGGUGGCGCCCACUAGCGCAAUGCAAGGGGGAUUCUCCUGAAAAUCUUUUAAUUGAUCCGAGUCGUCUUCUUUCCGUCGGUAGUCUCAUCAUUUCUGCAUUCGCAUCCGCCUGCAUCUCCUAUCUCCAGGGGCGGAAGGACUUACGCCUCAUUGCAACAUCGCAACGAUGGAGCGUCGUAACACAGCGGUCAAUCUGGCCAGUGAUGUCAGUACUAUUAUUAUCUUUCAGUGUGAAAGGUCUAGUGCCGGGAACCUUCGCUUUAGCGGCACCGAUAAUGUGAAACGAUGGCGGUUCCACAAAGAUAAUUUUGGUCGCAGGCUUGAAGUUGGUUCGGGGACCAGCCUCUGGUAUUCCUGUGCCACGUACUCUUUCCCACAAGCCAGGAGCCGUAACUCAACGAUGGUCGCAUUCGCAGCAACGAAUGAACGCCCUCAAUCAAAGUUUAUUCCACUGAUGCGUUCUUGGCAACAUUUUCGAGUCAGUUCUGGCUUACGCGUCGCACGGCUGACUCUUGACCUGUCAGCAUAUCUCAAGUCAGACUUGCGCCAGGCUGACUCAACUUGCCCGUUUAUUGUUCGGAAUCUGGGGUUUUCUCAGUACCGAGGUUCCACCAUCAGCGGAACGGUGACCAUGGUUCAGGUCAAGUAUUCUUAUUAUAGAAGAACGACCCCCCCUGCGGCACCAUUUUUAAAUCCCGGUCCGGCGCUAAUUGGAGGUUCGCACAGCGUCUUACAGCGUGCACAGCAACGUCGGGCGGCAGCAUCGAUUUUCCUCGUGUUCUACGUUCGAAAUAACAAUGCGCACCACAUGCGGUGUACCGAGCAUGUCCAGAAUGCAGAAACACGAAAUGAAUGAGGGUUACCCUUGAAGAAACGACGCGUGGCCAACAUUCUCGCAAGGCACGUUUCAGGGCACCACCGAUAAGUUCCAUUAAAUGCUCGCACACUACGAAUUACACAUCGUACCGGGUGACCGCUGGUGGUUGCGAGGAGGGAGUCGCCAUGGGCUGAGAUACCCGUACACUAGUUUUGUA